AACGAUUCUCUUCACGCUCUUGCUAUGAUCGAUUCUAUUUGUUUCCUUUUCCAGUUAGCAUGUGAAGUUCUACCACUUUAUUAAAUAUAGUUCUUAGUAAAAAUUAUUCUAAUCGAAGGCAGACAAAGAUAUUAUUUAAAAUUCAGAUUAGAUUCUCGUUCAAUUUCACGUUCUCUCCCUUUCGUUCGAUAACCUUGAUGGAGUAGUUUUUUAUACUGAUAAGCUAGUAGAGUAGUAGAUGAUAUUCUUCCGCCUGAAACGGGACUUUUCCCUCUAGGUAUGUUUUGACUUUUUUGAGAGUGAGUCUUGCCAAUUUCAAUUUCAAACAGCGUAAAAGCACGUUGUCUGUGAGAAAAAGAAAUAUCUCUAUCGGUUUACACACGGCAUACGAAAUGCCUAAGCGUGGACGCAAAUUCAUCACCGAAUUUUUAGUCCCUAAUCUUAAUGAGGAAACAUUCGGAGCGAGACUCGCAUGGGUGGACUAUGCAAGCUCAAUUUUUCAAAUUCAGUGGAAUCAUAAGGCUGCCUCAGCAUGGAAGGAAGAAGACUGUCAAGUAUUCAUGGAAUGGGAUAAAAAACGAGGUCAUUACAGGCCAGAGGAGAAAGAAUAUUUUACUAAAAGCAAACAAAGAUUUAGAGCUGUUUUGAAUAAGUCAAUUCAAGAUAACGAAAUAACGCAGUUACACUCAGAAGAUAAAACAAUUAAAAUAUAUUUCUUAGGACCACCAGAAGCUGCUCCAUUUGAUUUAAAGUUUGAUAUUUUAAAAGACGCUGUGGAUGAAAAAAAUAUUAUCCUAACAAAUUAUUUAGGAGUGGAUAGUGAAUUAAUCGAUUCUCUGCACUCAGAAAAAGAUCAAUCUACAAAAAUUGAUUACUCGAAUGCUUUAAAAGACCACAAUUAUCAAAAUGUAGAAGAGCAUAAGAUUUCAGUAAGUUAUGAUGACAUCUGUUAUGAUGCUAUUACAAGAAAUGACAUGUCCUUGUAUAAUGAUGAACCAAAUGUUUAUGCAAGUUUGAAUAUGAUGGGCCAAACAAUUGACGAGAACUUCUUGGAAAAUCUAUCUUUAGCUGUUCUUGACUCUAAAAAGGAAUGCAAUCCUCUGCUAGAAAGUAAUUCACUUUCAUGUGGAUACGGUAAUCAGGUUCUUAACACAGUUGCGUUUGAUGAUUCAGCGCCAGAUAACUCUUUGGAAAUUUCAUCAAAAAGGAGAUUAGAACAUUUUGAUAAUCCCCCUGCAAAGAAAAGCAAGAUAUUAUUUUGUUUGAAUGAUACUAAAGCAGCCGUAUAAAAUGCUUAAUCAUUCUGAGAAAUACUAUGUACAAAGUGUAAAUAUGAAUAGAUUUAUGUUUUAAAAAAAUUGAGAUUGUUUAGAAGAUGCUAAAAGCAUUCGAAGUCUGUGUAAAAUGUAAAUAAAACAUUUAUUUUGCUCAAAUAAAGAAUUUAUUUUUAA